GUGUGUGUGUGUGUGUGUGUGUGUGUGUGUGUGUGUGUGUGUGUGUGUGUGUGUGUGUGUGUGUGUGUGUGUGUGUGUGUGUGUGUGUGUGUGUGUGUGUGUGUGUGUGUGUGUGAGAUCUGCAAGAGAAGGCAGGCGGGGCCACAGCCAGGGAGCAGCACAGUGGCAGCAUGCCUGCUUGAGGCGGAAGGCUAAUUGCAAAUUAAAAGUUGCUAGUCUCUCUCUCGGUUCACUUUCUACUUUUUGGUGGAUUAGACAAGCUUCCGCAGAAGGAAAGGAAUGGCAUGAAAAGUAGUCGUGUCGGAAAUUUGAGCUUCAGGAAGUUGCGCUGACACAGUGGAGGAGGGCUGAGGGACUCUGAGAGGGGAGCCCGUAUCGACUGUCUACGCCAUAGAUGGACAUCAUGGGUGAAGACGGGCCUCCCAGUCUGGAGUACAUCAAGGCCAAGGACCUGUUUCCCCAGAAGGAGCUGGUGAAGGAAGACGACAGCCUUCAGGUACCGUUCCCGGCGCUGCAGGGGGAAGGGGUGGAGUACCUGGGCCGUGCCGACGAGGCCGUCAUCGCCAUCUCCAACUACAGGCUCCACAUCAAGUUCAAGGAUUCGGUCAUCAAUAAGUACCCAGGUGUGGACAAUGCCAUAACUGUGCCUCUUGGGCUGAUAGAGAGCGUUGAAUGCAGAGAUAUGUUCCAGCUGCACAUCAUCUGUAAGGACUCCAAAGUAGUGAGAUGUCACUUCUCCACCUUCAAGCAGUGCCAGGAGUGGGUGAAGCGUCUGAACCGCUCUGUGGUGCACCCGUCGCGGCUGGAGGACCUGUUCGCCCUGGCCUACCACGCCUGGUGCCUGGGAGGCAGUGCCGACGACGAGGACCAGCACCUGCACCUCUGUCGCCCAGGCGAUCACGUGCGACACAGAAUGGAGAUGGAGGUGAGGAGGAUGGGCUUCGACACCCAGAACGCCUGGAGAGUGUCUGACAUCAACUCCAACUACAAGCUGUGCUCCAGCUACCCCCAGAAGCUGCUGGUUCCAGUGUGGAUCACCGACAAGGAGCUGGAGAGCGUUGCCUCCUUCAGGUCCUGGAAGAGGAUCCCUGUGGUGGUCUACAGGCACCAGAAGAACGGGGCGGUCAUCGCCCGCUGCAGCCAGCCAGAGAUCAGCUGGUGGGGCUGGAGGAACACGGAGGACGAGUACCUGGUGACCUCCAUCGCCAAGGCCUGCCAGAUGGACCCGGGGCAGAGGCCCCCGCCCGGGGCCCCGGGGGGCCGGCCCCGCGGGGAGGGCCCCGACUCCACCGACGGAGACUUCGACUCCUCUCUGACGGGGGGCCCUGGCGUGGAGGACAGCCCCGCUCGCCAGAAGCUGCUGAUCCUGGACGCCCGGUCCUACACGGCGGCCGUGGCCAACCGGGCCAAGGGCGGGGGCUGCGAGUGCGAGGAGUACUAUCCCAACUGUGAGGUGAUGUUCAUGGGCAUGGCCAACAUCCACGCCAUCAGGAACAGCUUCCAGGCCCUCCGAGCAGUCUGCAGCCAGAUCCCCGAUCCGGGAAACUGGCUCUCGGCGCUGGAGAGCACCCGUUGGCUGCAGCACCUGUCCGUCAUGCUGAAGGCGGCCACUCUGGUGUGUUCGGGGCUGGAGAGGGAGGGUCGGCCGGUCCUGGUGCACUGUUCCGACGGCUGGGACCGCACGCCCCAGAUCGUGGCGCUGGCCAAGGUCCUGUUGGACCCCUUCUACAGAACGAUAGAAGGGUUCCAGGUGCUGGUGGAGACGGAGUGGCUGGACUACGGCCAUAAGUUCGGGGACCGCUGCGGCCACCAGGAGAACGCGGACGAUGUCAGCGAGCAGUGCCCUGUGUUCCUGCAGUGGCUGGACUGUGUGCACCAGCUCAUCAAGCAGUUCCCCUGCCUGUUUGAGUUCAACGAGGCCUUUCUGGUCAAGCUGGUGCAGCACACGUACUCGUGUCUGUACGGCACCUUCCUCUGCAACAACGCCCGCGAGAGGGAGGCCCGCAACAUCUUCAAACGCACCUGCUCCGUCUGGUCCCUGCUGCGCACCGGCAACAAGAACUUCCAGAACUUCCUCUACAUCCCCAGCCACGAAAUGGUGCUGCAGCCGGUGUGCCACACGCGGGCGCUCCAGCUGUGGACGGCGGUGUACCUGCCCACCACCUCGCCCUGCACCGCCGUAGACGACGCCAUGGGCCUGUUCCUGUCGCCGGGCGCCGCGGGCGACGAGCUCACUCCCCGCCCCCUCGACAGGCUUCCCAAGACCCGCUCCAUGGACAACCUGGUGUCGGCGUUCGAGAACGGGGUGCCCCUCACGCGCACCUCCAGCGACCCCAACCUCAACAAGCACUGCCUGGAGGGCCGCGCCGCGCCCCCGCUGGGCUCCGGCCCCCCGGAGAGCCCCGGGGACGGGGGCUCGGACAGCGAGGACUCGGAGGUGGAGGCCGUCGUCAGGACCCCCCCGCGCUCCCCCAUGGAGUGUCCCACGGGCGGCGAGACGAGGCCCGCCCCCUGCCUCACCACCCAGCCUCUGCCCUCCCUCGCCCUCCCCUCCUUCCUCCCCCACGGCGAGCCGCACCCGGCCCCCGUCCUGCAGCAGGCUCUGCCUCAGAGCAACGGCCUCCCCCUCCCGCCGCAGUCCCCCCCGCCCCGGCCUCCACCCCCGCCGCCACCGCCACCGCCCCUUCCUCAGGAGCCCCUCGUCGUCCCCUCCCGGGCACUCGCCUCCCCCACGCACGGACCGGAGGCGGGCUCACCCCCGCCCCGUCGCACCACGGCCCCCUACACCUCCGCCCGCACCCCCGCUGUGAGUCUCCUCAACGGCCACUAUGAUGGCCACGCUGAGGACCUCUCCAACGGCGGCCAUGAUGGCCUCUAUUACGGCGGCCAUGAUGGCCUCUCUAACGGCCACUCUAAAGCCCACGCUGAGGGCCUAUCUGGAGGCCUCUCUAAUGGCCACCCUGAAGGUCAUCCUGAAGGUCACCCUAGAGGUCCCCCUGAAGGUCACCUCGAAGGUCAUCCUGAAGGUCACCCUAGAGGUCCCCCUGAAGGUCACCCUAGAAGUCACCCUGGAGGUCACCCUGAAGAUCAUCCUAGAGGUCACCCUAGAGGUCAUCCUGAAGGUCAUCCUGAAGGUCACCCUGAAGGUCACUCUGAAGUCCUCUCCCCGGCCGCGCAGGAGAUGCUGGCCCUCAAGCGGCUUGCGCCCAUGGAGGACUCCACCGAGACGCUCACCGACGACGUGGAGGUGGUGCCGUACGAGGUGGAGGCGCCGGAGACGAACCGCGAGGACGGCCAGGGCCCGGGACCUGGGCCGCAUGCCCACACCUCCCCACCCCCCAGGGAGAAGCCCUAUGACGAUGAAGAGGAGGAGGAGAAGGAGGAGGUGGUGGAGGUCGAGGGGAGGACGGAGCCGAGCGUCGCCAAGGCGUCGGCGGCGUCGGCGGGCGCGGUGGUCGUGGCGACGCCCACGCCGGUGGACUCCGCCCACAUGGCGGCCCAGCGCCUGAUGUCCCGCAGCCCGUUGAGCGACCUGGCCCUGCUGGGCCCGCGCUGGGAGAGCGUCCAGGGCAUGAUGCAGUCCGCCCGCCGCAGCGCCAGCCACUCCGGCUUCUGCCGCGCCUACCAGCACCGCCGGCCCUCCGGCGCCGGCGCCGCCAAGACCCCCCGCUCCCAGGCGCUGGCCGUGUCCGUGGCCGGGCCCCAGUGCUGCUGCCGCGAGGGGGGCCGCGCCGGGGCCCCCCCGCCGCAGGCCGGCUGGCUGUCGGCCCUCAGCCACGCCGUGCCCGGCGGCCACGCCCUGGCCGCCGCCGCCGCCGCCGGCGUCUCGUCCUCCCUGGCGGCCCACCAUCAACUCCUGCCGGCCGCCAACCCCUCUCUCCCCGUGGGGGCCCCCCCCGGCGUGUCGCCGCCGCCGCCGCCCCAGGCCUACCUGGACGACGACGGGCUGCCGGUCGCCAUGGACGCGGUGCAGCAGCGGCUGCGGCAGAUGGAGGCGUGCUACAAGCAGGAGGUGGAGCUGCUGCGGCAGCAGGUGCGCCGGCUGCAGAUGAAGCUGGAGAGCAAGCAGUACGGCAGCCCCCCCUCGGAGCCCGACCUGGACUACGAGGACGACAUCACCUGUCUGCGGGAGUCUGACAACAGUAACGAGGAGGACUCUCUGUCGUCCCAGAGCGAGGACCGUCUGUCUGAGGGCAGCUGGGACCAGGUGGACCAGAGGGACAUGGAGGUAACUCGGUGGGUGCCGGAUCACAUGGCCUCUCACUGUUUCAACUGUGACUCUGAGUUCUGGAUGGCCAAGAGACGACACCACUGCAGGAACUGCGGCAACGUGUUCUGUAAGGACUGCUGCCACCUGAAGCUGCCCAUCCCGGACCAGCAGCUGUACGACCCCGUGCUGGUGUGCUCCACCUGCCACGACCAGCUGCUGGAGUGCCGCCACCGCGACCUGCGCAGCCAGCAGCUCAAGAAGCCCAUCGCCACCGCCUCCAGCUGAGCACCGGGACCCCGCCCCCAACCACACACGUCGUACACACCCACCACACACACCCGACCACGCCCCCGCCCGCCCGCCCGCCCGCGCAGAAGGGCGUGGCCUCGGGACCACCCAGCUCCUCCACUCUGAGCGAUUCCCCCCCCCCCCCCCUCACGCCAUCUCCGAUGGGGCGUUCCCGAUUGCGUUCCCCGAUCCCCGGUCCCGAUCGAUCGGCCCCCUGGUCCGACGGGAACGGUUGGUUUUUCGGACCACGCCGCCGCCACGCGUCGCCUCGGCGAUGGCAGGCGGAGGGCGGCGAACGUGGGGUACCUCGGGGGGGGGGGGGGGGGGGGAAGAACGGACGUCGUUGUUGGGGAGGUGAGGGUGGCGGCACUGACCUGAGCUCCCCCGAGAGGGAGAGGGAGAGGACUAAGGGGGGGACUCCCACCUGAGUCCGAGAGCGGGAGAAAGGACCUUGUUGAUUUGCUGUUGUUUUUCCGGAUCCUGACGAGGGAGGCAAACGGAUUUGAUUGCCUGAAUAUUUCAGCCCCGUGGUGGAGUAGCGUCCUGCUGCCCACCACAACCCCCCCCCCCCCCCCCCCCAACCCUACCCAGGGCCUAGUGUUUAGAGUGGGUCACCCAAGACGGGUCCGAACACCGUGGACCUCUGCUACCAAACACAGACUAAUGUCCCGUCGUCGUCGUCGUCCGUCCCUGACGGAGGCGUCUCACCCUUUAGCAGACAGUCUGUCGUCAUCGUCGUCCCCACCGUCUCCCUCCUGUCCCCCACCUGUCCAGAACUCUGAAGCCUUGAACUGCUCCACUGGAAGUGUUCAGCGAGAAAAGAAACAGAAAUUGCUGCUACAGUAUUUAAAGAAGAAAAAAAUAAGUCUAAUUUUGUAUUCUUAUUUUGUGCACUACAAACUUUUAAGAAUUUGAGGGGAAAUUGAGACCAAACCCUAGCAAAAGGGAGAAAUCUGCUGUUUAUUUUCCCUUUUUUUUCUUUUUUCUUUUUAUUGUUUUUAUUGUUUUUUUUUUUCUCUGUGUUGGAGCUUGAAUGUACUGUGGGAUGCGGAACUGGAAGAGUGAGUAUGUAUAUGUGCGUUUGGUGGUUCGUCUAUGUGUUCAUUGCUCUAAUGCGCUUUAUUCGGAUAGUUAUUAUUACGUGUACGCACAGUCCCUGGGAAGGGGCGGAAUCUGAAUCGCCCCGCUUCUCUAAAGCCUUGUUGCAAAGGUUCAACGUUUGGAAGAGUCCGGACAGGUGGAAAGUUUUGGGAAAUGUCAAUACCCUGAAAUGUGAAAAGAAAAGACGAGUAGACGAGAGCCUUUUACGACUCGGAAGGAGGGUUGGUUUUUGGGAGUCGAACGAUGAAGCAGACCUGGUUCGUGUUGUCUUCAGGUGGGAUAGUAAGUACCCCAUCUUCUGCCCUAAGAAUAUCCUGACGCAGGCAACCAGUAAACAAUCUCGAAAACAUCUGUGUUUGUUUGUUUGUAUCCGAUGGUGGUUUUGUGAACUCGAUGGUGCCAACAUAUUGUUUUUGUUUGUUUUGUUGUCGUUGUCGUUUGUUUCUCUUCUGUUACAGACUUUUUUGCGUUUCCCCUCUCGCAGGCAGCAGGUUUCCUAUUGGCCGUGUCUUGUAUGUUGAUAUGGUACACAUAGCUAGCUGCUUAACAAGGGGCUGACCGGCGGAGAGUCACGGGGGUCCGUUCGGUUAACACUGCUAACGACGGAGCGGUCGAGGGUGUCCGCGGCCUAACAUAUUUCGGGGUUUCCGGGAGGUGGAGCGAAGGUCAUCGGAGAGGUACCCGGAGCUGUAAUCUUUCUAGUUAAUCUGAAUUUGUAGUGGAGGUUACAACCUGUCACUUAAUGAAUAAUUGUUGUAAAGAAAUACACUGUAAGAGUUAAAUCCCAUGGGUGGAAAUAAAGAUUAUAUCAUGAA